AUGUAUCGAGUCUCUAAUAUUUACGUACUCGCCGCAUUUGGCACAAUCGGCGGAGGCCUGUUCGGCUUCGAUGUCAGCUCAAUGAGCGCCUGGAUAGGCGUCGAUGCUUAUAAAGAGUAUUUCGGAAAUCCUGACUCGAACCUCCAAGGAGGUAUAACAGCUUCCAUGUCCAUGGGCUCCUUCGCAGGCUCCAUACUUGCCGGCUGGCUGUGCGAUUACCUCGGUCGACGCCGUUCGUUAAUGGUCGCAUCUUGGAUUUGGAUUGUCGGCGCAAUGGUUCAAUGCAGUGCACAAAAUGUUACGCAUCUCGUCGCGGGUCGUGUCGUUAGUGGACUCGCCGUUGGUAUUACAUCGUCGCAAACACCAGUUUAUAUGUCUGAACUUGCUCCUGCGCGGAUCCGAGGUCGAAUUGUCGGUGUACAGCAAUGGUCUAUUGAAUGGGGCAUGUUGAUCAUGUAUCUCAUCGCGUAUGGAUGUGCGGUUGGGAUUUCGGGACCUUCUGCGUUUCGCAUUUGUUGGGGUAUUCAGGCUGUUCCUGGACUCGUCUUGUUUGUUGCGUUGCUCUUCUUCCCUGAGUCGCCGCGUUGGUUGGCUGGGAAGGAGCGUUGGGAAGAGACGCUUGAUACAUUGGCUUUGUUGCAUGGAAACGGGGACCGGAGUGAUCCUGCUGUGCAGGUGGAAUUCGAAGAGGUGCAGGAAGCUGCACGAAUUGCGCACGAAGCCAAGGACGUUUCUUUCCUGGCGCUGUUCGGUCCUCGAAUCUGGAAGCGGACAAUGUGCGGUGUCAGUGUGCAAGUCUGGCAGCAAUUACUCGGUGGAAAUGUGGCGAUGUACUAUGUUGUUUACAUCUUCGAGAUGGCUGGAAUGACCGGAAACUCAUCACUCUACUCCGCCGUCAUUCAAUAUGUCAUUUUCGUCUUCACAACGGGUGUCAUGCUCCCGGUCAUUGAUCGGGUAGGCAGAAGACAAUUACUGCUGAUCGGAUCAGUAACCUGCAUGGCCGUCCAUAUCAUCAUCGCCGCCGUUAUGGCUACACAAGGUCACGCCGUGUCCAGCGUCAACGGAAACGCCAACCUGACAUGGGAAAUCAAGGGCAACGCCGGGAAAGCCGUGAUUGCCUUUUCAUACAUAUUUACUGCCAUUUACGGUUUCACCUGGGCCCCAGCCGCAUGGAUCUACGCCGCAGAAGUCUUCCCUUUGAAAUACCGAGCAAAGGGCGUCGGUCUCUCAGCAUCAGGAAACUGGAUCUUCAACUUCGCUCUUGCAUGUUUCGUUUCACCCGCAUUCCACAACAUUCAAUGGCGGACAUAUAUUAUAUUCGCAGUUUUCUGCUUUGUUAUGACAUUCCAUGUCUUCUUCCUCUACCCUGAGACUGCGGGACGUUCUCUUGAGGAAAUCGAUAUGGUGUUUGACACGGAUGUGAAGCCGUGGCAGACAAAUGUUAUUUCCAAUAAGUUUGACGAGGAGAUUGGGAAGAAGGUAGAUGGUGUCAAGGAUAGUCAAGUGGAUCAUCAGGAGGUUGUUUAG